UGCAGAGCACUGGCUGGCCUAGCUGUUACCAGUCCACACAGCCAGGGCAUCCUCUGCAUUUUGCCAUGGUUUAUGGGAAUAAAUUAAAUUUCUUAUGGACUUUAGGUUUCUAUCUGGUAGCCAGUCAAUCAUCUCCCAGCGUACCUUCCAUAGAGGACAAGAGUUUCAUAGAGGACUGUGUCACAGCUCACAAUGAAAUGCGUCGCACAGUCCAGCCCUCCGCGGCCAAUAUGAAAUACAUGACGUGGGAUGAAGGUUUAGCGAAGACUGCAAAAUCCUGGGCGAACCAGUGCAAAUUCGAACACAACAACUGUCCAGCAAAUCGGUGUCAUCCAACUUUUGCAUAUGUGGGAGAAAAUAUUUGGUUAGGUGGAUUAUACCAAUUUAAACCAGCAAUUGCUAUUCGUUCUUGGUAUAAUGAAAGCAUAUUUUAUACUUAUAGUAGUCAACGUUGUACCAAAGUUUGUGGCCAUUAUACACAGGUAGCUUGGGCCGAUUCAUACAAACUUGGUUGUGCAAUAACAAUUUGUCCUAAUUUUGGGAAUAAUGACCCUGCAAUAUUCGUAUGUAACUAUGGACCUGCAGGAAAUUAUGUAGGGGCCCGCCCUUACACUGAAGGAGCAUCCUGCUCUACGUGUGGAAAAGAAGACACUUGUGAAAACAACCUCUGCAGUAAGCAAAAAGGAAAAACUGUGAUUGAUGACCGCUCUUGUCUGUCCCCAACGACUACAUUGCUGAGACUUAAGUGGGUAUUGACAAUGGUCUCCAGUACAGCACUGCACAAACUGCAAAGGCUGCAAUAAACUUUGAGACCUGGAAAUGAAAUACGUGAAAGACUUAUGGAAUAUCCAAAUUGGAAUCCAAAGGGGCAAGCACCACAGUCGACAGCAUGUAAUCUCUUGUGC